AUGACUUCGUCCCCAGAAAUCGUGGGUGACGAGGACGUUGAUUCGCCGAAUCUGAGCGCCCAAGCGAGCGAAGAAUAUUCCAGCGCCGUCAAGCCAACACCGUCGAGCCCAGGACCCAUUCGACAGAAUACCGCCCCUCUCGCCUCUCCGUCAGCCAAUCCAAGGCCGAAGAACCUGCGAAAUUUGACCUUGCCGUCUCUAGUUUCUCCAUCGGCGUCGUCUUCCUCAGCAACCACCCUUCAGCCCGGUCAGUACCAGAGUUUGGCAGAGGGCGCCGCUAAUAUCGCUGGUCUACCUCCAAUACACGACGUCUCGACACCGGGUACGCCGUCCUUCCUCACGAAACCCGGAACGCCUCUGCUUCGCCCGGGCACACCAGGAACCCCGUCGCUUGCGCCCAGGACACCUCUUCUGUCUCGCACGCCUCUUUCACCAUCGUCUCCAUUACCAUCAGCCGCCCCUCCGACAUCGACCACCACCAAGACCCCCACCACCGCGAAAGGCAAGCUGAAGUCAUUCCUCCCCCGAUCACACCAUGAGGCGCACAGCUAUUUCCUUGCAAAGAUAGAGGUCCAGCAGCUGGCCAAUGUGCCAUUCGUGAGGGGGGAGUUCGGAGUGCGAUGGAAGCUCAGGAACAGUGUUGGUUUAGGGGAAGUGAAGGCCUCAGACAAACUCGGCGGUCAGGGAGAAGAGGCAGGAUUGCUUGGGAAGAUGAAGGCGCGCAGUCAUAAUAAAGGGAAGGCUAAGGACGAUCACCAAGGAGCCAGCGAGUUUGGCUUAUCCCACCCUCUUGCGAACGGUUCCAGCCCGAGCUUAAUCUCUGAAGUAUCCCAGCAUUCGAACUCGAUGAACAGCUAUUCAAGCUACUCUUCGACCGACAGCUAUUCGUCUAGGUCGACCUCUUUUGGUACUUCUGGAAGCGGCGCUUCGAUUGCGACCAACACUACCACUGUCACAUCCACCCCUUCGAGUACUGCGACCAGGAAGACGAAGGUAGCUCCUAGUGGUAAUCUCAGCCGUAACUUUUUCUCGCCACCGACAGGGUCGCCGAACUCUACGUCGCCUAAUGGAUAUGGUAUCAAUCAAUACCUAUUCUCCUCAACAAGCACUUCGAAAGCUUAUGAAGAGUCGCUACUGUUCUCCCCGACCUAUCAACAAAGCUUCGCCUCCAACGCAGCACUGGGCGUUGGCGCCAUACCGACUUCACCGGGCUUGGAUGGACCGCUUUCUCCUGGAAUGAUGAAUGCGCUGUCGCCCACAGGGACAAUCACUCAAGCCAAUGCAGGAAGCCAUCCCCUCGGAUUUGGUGUCCUUUCACCCCGCGACGGCACGUUUGCGCCUGGUGGUAUCCCGGAAGCCAAUUUAUCGCCCCCACGAGGCAUUACGCCAUAUAAGCGUCUGAAGGACCAUAGUAUCACGUUUGCCUAUCCUCUGAACGCGAUCAUAAAGUUCGACAUUGCCCGAAACUCAAAUCAGCAAGGGAACCCGAAGCACAACCUGUCGCCCAGCGAAUUCAAACUGGUCGUAAUGCAGCGUGUGAUACCAGAUGACCCCGACGGGGUCCCUCAGAACCCGAGGCUGGGUGCUGUGUACCUAAAUUUGGCGGAAUACGUUGGCAAGGGGAAGGUAGAGAGGCGAUAUCUGCUCAAGGAGAGUCGCGUGAAUGCCACCUUGAAGAUCUCUAUCGAGAUGACCUACGUGAGCGGCAACACCGACUACAUUGCCCCACCCUUGCCCAAGGCCGAAAUCAUGGGCGACAUCGAGAACUUCCUGGCUCAAAACGACACCCUGUACAAGCAGCGGACGAAGGAUAUCUACGCUUAUACCUACGGGCCUUACCGCGACAAGGAGGAAUUAGACAUGGAUUUGCUAGGGCGUGUCGAUGGCCUCGAGGACGAAGCUACGCUGGCUGAAGACCGCCUAAAAGACCCGUAUGCGCUUCCCAGUGAAAGCGAGAGCGAACUCGACGAACAAGGAUCCUCCGCGGCUGUUCAAGCUAGACGAGACUUCCUAAGGAGCCUAAACAUCCCCCUUCCUGCCCCAGCUCCACCUAAAGCGCCUUCCAUUCAGUCUGACAAGGAAUCUGAGAAGGCCAGGCGUCGCUUGAUCCGGCGCGAGGAGCGGCGCCAGAAGUUCCGCCUCGAGCUGGAGACGAACCCUUCCGCCCUUCCGCCUGUCAGUGGGGAGAGUGCCAGCGAGAGCGAAGUUGAUGCUGAUACGGAGAGCGAUGCGGACGCGUUUGAGAGCGCUCCCGAGGACGAUGGUGUGCUGGCGAUGAAGGGUGCUGGGGAUGAUGAUAGCGUGGCGCAUACCGACGAUGGUCAAUCCAGCCUGGAUCACGACCGCCAACACCACCCUCGUUCUCGUCGGCAUCAACACGUUGAACUCGCUGCUUUCGACGUCCAAAGACUUCCUGUCGCUUAUGGACCCAAGACUACGGAAGCUCUGAUCGAUGCCAUAUUUAAUCCAACUGUGACGACUGAUAAACGCCGAGAAAACCCGUUUACAGUUUAUAUGGACCCUGAGGAGCUGGAUGCGAUGAGCGAACAGGAGAGGCGGAUGUUGAUGAUGCAGUAUGGAGGGCCUCAUGUGCAGGGGAUGAUGGCUGGGAUGCCGAUGAACCCUGGUUUUGGGCAGCCUCCCCCUGUUGGCCGGAGCUUCAGCCGAGACACGACCAGCACGAGUACGACCACGAGUGAGAGUGGGGGGAGUGGAGGCAAUGACGAAGGGUUCUUUGGGAGGCUCAAGAGCCCGGGAGAGGAAACGAUUGUUGGUGUGCCGACCAAGGCAUCGACGGGCUUGGGCCUCGGGAUCGAAGGUGUCUUGGCUGGGCAGACAGUGGGUGCGGGUGGAAUACCUUUGGAUCGGGACCGGGAUGCUACAAUUGGGAGGGCUUCCGAAAAGGUUGCUGGUGGUGGUGUGGGUGCGAUGCUCCAUCAAUAUUAUCGAAGCCGGAAAGAGAAGAUCAAGGAGGUUAGGAAGAAGGCAAAACCGAGACGGAGCGAGACAGCGAGCACUAGCGCAAGCGAGGACAGUCACGUGUACUACCAAAACCCCUAUGGACAAUCGGCCAACCCUGCGACCAACGUUCUAGGAAGCCCGGUUUACUUCCAGGAACCUUCGACCAUGGACGAUGAACAGUCGGAUUUCUCAAAGCAUCAACGGAACAACACCGGCGGCACGGUUGAGAUUCGCAGUCUGGACAUGGUCAUGGACACCCGGGCGGGGUUCCCCCUGUUCCUCCUCUGA